AUGGGUGUGACGCCUCUUACAACAUCAGCAAGGGUGCAGCCCAACUUCCUUGAUGAGGACUUUGCUCAACAUGUCCGUCCACUGUUAGAAGAACUUCACAUUCCGGGACUGAGCAUUGGAACCGUGGAUGCGGGAAGAGUGUCAGCACAAGGGUAUGGGCUGGCGAGGUUCCCAGAUAUUGAAGCAAAUUCAGACACCCUGUACUAUGUGGACAGCACCACAAAAGCCAUGGUUGCGGCGGCUACUGGAGUGCUGAUCCACGGCGAAAAGGAGGAAUCCCACCAGUCACUACUGGCUACGCGAACGGAUGGGCAACGACCAUCCGAUCAAUGCUGUCGCGCAAGUUCCGACUCUGCGAUGAAUCCAGAGGCCAUUGUCCAGGCGUACCAACAUGUAGGGUACCUGACCAAACUCUUUCGAACGUCAUGGCAAUACAACAAUAUGAUGUACAGCGUCGUGGCCGAUGCAUUGAUGGUUGUGACAUCGUUGGAUUGUGGACGAUUGCUGAAAAAGCUGAUAUGGGAUCCACCACGCAUGACUUCGACAUACUGGAGACUGGAAGAGAUACCGACACAGAAGCGACAAAAAGACCUGGCAAGAGCAUACUACUGGGUUCAAGGGGGGAAACAAGGAGGAGGCCAUACCGUCGGUCAUGGAAUUCACACGAUGGAUUCUCGAGCUGCUCAACGCGGCCAAACAAUCCAAGGCAGCAGCGAGCUCGAACAACGACGCGUCAUUACCAAGGAGCUGUUCAAAGAGCUCGCCACCACUCGAUCAAUAGUACCCGAGGAGGGGACUUUAGACCAUCAUCGCACAUACGCUCUAGGCUGGAUGUUAGCCCCUCUCAUUGCGGGCAUCGAACAUCCCAUCAUGUGUCAUGGGGGAGGCUUGAAUGGAUUUGGCACACAGGUAUACAUCUUACCAAACGACGACUUCGGCGUGGUCACAAUGGGCAACACCGCAACGUCAAGCAGUAUUGUCGGGGAAAUCCUGGCUCUCGGACUCGUAGCAAGGAAACUUGAUCUGGACGCUGCAGAGAAGGACAAGUUUGUAGAGACAUUGAGAGCAAAGCUGCCACCGGACGCGGCUCCAGAUACUGCGGCGAGGGCGAAGACGGGGCCUGCAUUGCCUGCGUCCGUCAUGGACGAAGUUGCAGGAAAUUUUUGCAAUCCUUGGUCGGCGAAUACGGGCAUGAUGCGUUUGGACGCUUCCGCGUCUCAAUCUACGAUGGUCUCGGUCAACAUGGCCCCAUUGUGUACCCGCCAUGGAUUCCAUAUUCGCAGCGUGCCAAACGAGAUGAACAAAGAAAUCAGUUUCCCUGCCUGGAAGUCGUACCGCUCGGCGCGCGAACCUGGAGUUACAAGCCGCUCCUACAUUUGCGGCCGGACUAUCAACAAGGCGUCCGACACAUGGGCUGCUGUCAAACUCAGCCAUGAAGAGGCGGCCAUCUGGGCGGGUACGACUUCUCCCUCAUGUAUUCUGGGCAUGAGACUUCUGUCAUCGCUGAUUGAUACUGAUGGAGACGACGAGGCAGGCUGGGAAGAGAAGAUGGUCUGGUUUACGCCUGUAACCAAAUGCAAAUAUGCAGACCAGGACCUUUGGCCACGAAUUCAACAAGCCUACAAGGUGGAAACCGGCUAUUACCAAUUCGUUGCGACACUAUCUUAUGGCUUGCUCUGGUUGCAAAUCGCCAUUGGAGCCACGGUAACAGCAAUCGGAUCCGACAGCAAUCGCCGCGCGAGACUAGCAGUUACAAUUCUUGGGGCCAUCAAUACCUUUAUUGCGGGUAUCCUGACUUUCCUCAAGUCUCGCGACCAGCCAAACAGAGCACUUCAAUUUAGAAAUGGACUCCGGGACGUGUGUAACGAGUUGUGGCGCGCAGAUGCUGCCUUGCGGGACCCCCCCUUCAGAUUAUGA